AUGGGCAAACACAAGUUGUUGUACAACGCGUUGUGCCGGCUCGGCGACAAGCUCGUCUAUCCGAUGCUGCCGGCGUUUGCGAAACCCGCGUGGAACCAUCCGGCCGGUCCGAAAACGGUGUUCUUCUGGGCGCCGACGUUCAAAUGGGCGCUCGUCGUCGCCGGCCUCGCCGAUUUGGCGCGUCCCGCCGACAAACUCUCGCUCUAUCAAAACUCGGCGAUUUUUGCGACGGGCGCGAUCUGGACGCGCUAUUGUCUCGUCAUCACGCCCAUCAAUUACUACUUGAGCAGCGUCAACUUUUUCGUGAUGUGCACCGGUCUCGCCCAACUGCUCCGCAUCGCCAAUUAUAGGUACAAAAAUCCGGAUUGGGAGACGAAGGAAAUCAUGCAAACUCAUUAG